AUGGCGGCGAGAAAGUUGCAGCAGGAGAUGGACAAGGUGCGAGCUCGCCAUGCUGAGGAGCAUGUCCGAGCGCAUAUGCUAACCCGCCGAGUAGGAGUUCAAGCGGGUCGCCGAAGGAGUCCAGCUGUUUGAGAGCAUAUACGAGAAGCUCAUCCAAUCCACAAAUCCGUCCCAGAAGGAGAAGCUGGAAGACUCGCUAAAGAAGGAAAUCAAGAAGCUCCAGCGGUCACGAGACAAGAUCAAGGGAUGGGCCAGCCAGAAUGAUAUCAAGGACAAGAAGCCGCUGCUUGACCAGCGGAAGCUCAUCGAGACGGUAAACCAUCACGCGCGGGCAUUCGGGCUCAAACCUACAGUACUGACAUGAAACAGCAAAUGGAGAAGUUCAAAGCGGUUGAGAAGGAAAUGAAGACCAAGGCCUUCUCCAAGGAGGGCCUUUCUGCCGCUGCCAAGCUGGAUCCCAAGGAGAAGGAGAAGAUGGAGACCUGCAAUUUCGUUUCUGACAUGGUCGAUGAUUUAGGCAGACAAGUUGAGACUCUCGAAGCCGAAGUGGAUACAUUACAAGCCGGCAUGAAGAAGAAGAAGGGCUCGGGGAACGCCGACCGCGUGGCUGAACUGGAGAAGUGGGUGGAAAAGCACAAAUGGCACAUUUCAAAACUCGAGAUACUGCUGCGAUCGCUGGAGAAUGGCAGCGUCGACGUCGAACAGGUCAAGGAGAUAGAAGAAGGGAUCCGAUACUACGUCGAGCAGAAUCAGGAAGUCGACUUCAACGAAGAUGAGGGCCUCUUUGACGACCUGAAUCUGGACGAAGAGGAGGAGUCUUAUGGCAUAGCAAACGAUAACGACAAAGUCUCGAGUCAGGACACACAGAGCAUACAAGAGGAGCCUGCGGAAUCAGAAGCGCCGUCACGGACCAGCACGACUGGGAACAUCAAGGGCAAAUCCGCUUCGAUCGAUGCGAAUGCCAAUGGGCGGCGGUCUAGCGUGCAGCUCAAAUCUCCUCUACCCGUGCUAUCGAGUCUACAUAGUCUGCCAAGCAACGUCAAUGGAAAAGCGGCGGACACCAUGAAGCCAGCGCCUCUACCUACAAUACCGACAGGACAACCCUUGAAGUAUGCAUCCGCAGCAGCGGCGGCGGCUGCGAGCGACAAGAACGGCGUGGGGAUUGCGCCUUUGCCUCCGCCACCUGGAGCAGCGAAGCCUAGCGAACCGACGUCGCCCGCGCCGACACCAUCACAGCCCGUGGAACCGCAAACAAAGGCACCAGAGCAACCGCCGAAGCAGCCCACGCCCGUAUCGAAGGAAGAAGCCAAGGUCGAGCCAGCCGAGACAACAUCAAAGGCAUCCUCCGUCAAGCCCUCACCGCAAGUACCACAGGCGCAGCCUUCGCAGUCGGAGGCUAGCUCGGUGAAGAUGCCUCAGCCUCCAAGCCCAGACUCUGGCAUAGCAGGCAUUGCUCUGUCGCACGGAGAGCCAGGACAGGAUGAUGAGGAAGAGAGCAUCUAUCACUUGCCCUCUUUACUCACAGACCUGUUGGACUCUUUCGAAGAGACGAGGCAGCGGGUCAAGUCAGAUCAGCCUUUCGACACGAACGUCUUGAAUGCGUCGCGGAUGAGCUGUCCCAUACCUUCAGAUGCGGAGAAACCCAAUCACUACAAGCCUCAGAACCCAUUCAACUACACACCCGCGCAUUACCCACAGGAGCCUCUGGGCAUAUUUGACGACAAUCGGCUCUACAGUCGGAUAGAUACCGAUAGCCUGUUCUACGCCUUUUACUACCGCCAAGGAACGUACCAGCAAUACCUUGCAGCCAAGGCGCUCAAGAGUCAGAGCUGGCGAUUCCACAAGCAGUACCAGACAUGGUUCCAGCGACACGAGGAGCCCAAGAACAUCACUGAGGAAUUUGAACAGGGUACCUAUCGGUUCUUCGACUAUGAGAGCACAUGGUAAGUCUCGACCACACCAGAUCUGCUUUGGACGAACACAUGCUAACCGUGAGGCUGUCGCAGGAUGAACCGUCGAAAGGCAGAUUUCAAGUUUGCCUACAAAUUCCUCGAAGAUGAUCUUUAG